UUUAUCCCAUCACCCAUUUGACUCUCCUAUUUUAGUCGUAAUACGAAAAGUACCCCCAAUUCUAGGGUUUCUUUCACUUCUCAGUCCCGUCUUCCUUCUUCUCAAUUUUCCUCGCCAUUUCCGUCUCCUUUGUUCUCAAUUUCACUUUCAGGACAGGUUCAAGCUGUGGAAACAAACUACAUACAAUAGACUCGUGUGGUCCAGCCUUUUCCUAGACACCGUGUAUAAUGGGCACUUUAGUGCAUCGGGCUGCCUAUCUUAUCUGCAGUAUAUUUGCAAUUGCUCCUUUUUCUUCUUUUUGUCUAACAUUGUUGGGAAACUCAAAGGGAAAUGGUGAGCCCUUCAGCUUGAACUGUAUGUAUAAAGUUUUCCGAAAGAUACACAUUUGAUUCUAAAUUCGAAAUUAAAAAUACUUUUUUUUUUCCAUAAAAACAAAGUAUAUCAGAAAUAGAGAUGAAACAGAACUAUAUCCGAGUCCACUGAAUUCAAACGUAUCUCCUCCUAGUGCCCGAGAUAUAUCAUUAUUUUCUCACAGGAGAAAACGGAUAAACCACGUUGGUGUAGCGGUACUUCAUACUCUAGUGUAAAGUGAACUCAAAGAGCAACCAAAUCACACUUCGAACUUCAAUUUUAAAAUUUUCAUAAACAAAAAUAUGAGGAAGCUGACAUGUAUUUAUAUCCAACAAACUGACAAAAGGAUAGUGUGAACGGGUACUAUUGUGCCUUAUCGAAAAAGUCACAACCUAUUCAAAUUGCAUCUUUUGGGAGAAACAUCUAUUCAUUUCUAAUUCACACCUUCUUGAAAAACCCAAUUAUCCCUCACAUGAAUAGGGAAUGGCUAUAUGAAAAAAAUGUCAUUUGCAAGUAAGGAUUAAUCACAUCUGGAUUAGUAGGUUUCCAGUUGAACUUUCCAUAGUGAACGUAUGUAGGAUAUACUUGGUCAAUCGAUAGAUAUGAUAUUUUUGAAUUGUUGAGCUUUAGUGUAUACCCAGAUAACAUACGUCACAUAAUUAACCUUUUUGGUUCUCAUUUUUGUGUUUGUUUUAGCCAUGGCCACCCAUAUGGUUUCAUAAGUGAAUAGAGAAUUGACCUUGCAGAAUUCUUCUUAAAGCGGCUUAAACUUCACAAUGCAUGAAUCAUUAAAAAGGCAGCCUGGUGCACUAAAGCUUCCGCUAUGCGGGGGGUUCGGGCAAGGUCUGGACCACAAGGGUCUAUUGUAGUACGUAACCUCAUUUUACAUUUCUGCAAGUGGCUGUUUCCAUGGGUUGAACCCGUGACCUCCUGGUCACAUUAUAACAACUCCAGUUACUCCAAGGCUCCCCUUCCUAGUGCGUCCAUCAUUGUUGAUGGUUAAUUGAUUGUCAUAUUUAUUGACCAAUAGAAGGCAGUUGCAAUGCUCAACGACAGGCUGUGCAGACACUGAUUCAGCAAACUUUAACUUGGUGAUUGUUGAUUUAUGCCAUGGUGAACGGAAAGCUUAUUUUAAUUUGCCAGUCUGGUGGUGAAUUUCUGAGUGAUGUCGAUGGAAACUUGUCAUAUAAAGGAGGAGAGGCAAAUGCUGUCAAUAUAAGUCAAGAUACUUCAUAUGAUGAUCUCAAGAUAAAAUUGGCGGAGAUGUGUAAUCUGGAUCUUAAGACAGUGUCAAUCAAGUAUUUUCUUCCAAGAAAUAGGAAAACUCUAAUUAAUUUAAGGAGUGAGAAGGACUUCAAAAGAAUGGUUGAGUUUCAUGCUAAUUCUGUUACAGCUGAGAUUUUUGUCAGCGGGAAGGAAGGUUUUGAUCGUGAUGCAUUGAACAUGUACACUGACAGGACAAUUGGCUUAAAACUGGCUGAGAAUGUAAAUCGUCAUGGCACACCUGCAGGUGUUGCUGGUUCUGGUGGUCUGAGUACGACACCUUCUAAGUCUACCCCGUUAAGGACUGUUCGCACUGCUGCUGUCUCUCCUAUAACUAUUCAAAGCGAUUGCCUGGUCGAUGUACAUAUCAGCUGCCAGGAACCAGCUAUUAAUGCAGCAGCUGAGAGCCCCAGUCAAGCCACUACUUUAUCCAACCCUUCUUCUGGCCAUGUUGCUGAGGAUGAUUCUGACUAUGCUCCACACUCGCGUGCUGCAGUUGGUACUGCGCAGAGCCCAAUUAGCUUUGACAAUAAUGGUACCCCUGCUGAUACAGUGAAGAAGCGCAGGCGCACUGCUUCCUGGAAAAUUGGUGCCAAUGGUCCAACCAUUGUUGUGACCGAUAAUGAUUCCAAGGAGAAAAUCUCGCGAAAAAAGAAGAGUCGAAAUUCAACUGGUGCAAUGGUGAGAAAUGACAUGGUUGAGGAUGAAGAUAGUGUUCAAUUACCUGAUAAUUUUGACAGUUCCUCUCCAAUUGCUUUGCGUGAUGAAGAUCUGCCAGAGAAGCUAGUUGCCACUUGGAAAGAAGGUAUUACUGGUGUUGAUCAGGAUUUUAAGAAUGUGAGAGAGUUCCGGGCUGCACUGCAAAAGUAUGCUGUUGCUCAUCGCUUUGUCUACAAGUUGAAAAAAAAUGAUGCUUCCCGUGUAAGUGGCAGAUGUGUGGUAGAGGGUUGUUCUUGGAAAAUUCAUGCAUCUAAGGUCCCUGAUGCUCAAACAUUUAGGAUCAGAAAGUUCAAUGGUUUGCAUACAUGUGAAGGCGAAUCCUGGAAGUCUGCUCAUCGUACAAGGAAUUGGUUGGUAAGUAUUAUCAAGGAAAGGUUACGAGAAUCUCCAAAUGACAAACCCAGGGAAAUCGCUAAAAGCAUUUUGCGUGAUUUUGGGAUUAAAUUGAGAUAUUCACAAGUAUGGCGAGGGAUGGAAGAUGCCAAGGAGCAACUUCAAGGUUCGUACACGAAGUCAUAUAACAGGUUGCCUUGGUUCUGCAAAAUGGUGGUUAAUACUAAUCCUGGAACUGUUGUUAAGCUUGUGCUAGACGAAGAAAAAAGACUACAGCGCUUCUUUUUCUCACUUCAUGCCUCAAUACAUGGUUUCAAGCACGGUUGCCGACCCCUUAUCUUCCUUGAAGCUACAUCUCUAAGAUCAAAAUACAAGGAGACUCUUUUGACAGCUACUGCGGUUGAUGCAGAUGAUGGCUUCUUUCCGGUUGCUUUUGCAGUAAUAGAUAUUGAAAAUGAUGAUAGUUGGCGUUGGUUUUUAGAGCAACUAAAAUCUGCAUUAUCAAAUUCUCAUUCUCUAACUUUUAUUUCAGAUCGAGAGAAGAAUUUAAAGAACUCUGUGCUUGAGGUGUUUGAGAAUGCUUCUCAUGGCUAUUCCAUUUUUCAUCUUUUAGAAAGCUUCAAGAGAAAUAUGAAGGGUCCUUUCCAUGGUGAUGGCAGAGCUGUUUUACCUGAAAUUUUCCUUGCUGCAGCUCAUGCAGUCCGACUUGGUAGUUUUAAAAAUUCGACUGAGCAAAUUAAACAGAUUUGUUCACAUGCUUAUGAUUGGUUGAUCCAGAUUGAGCCAGAGUGUUGGACGAGUUUGUCAUUUAAGGGUCAGCACUAUAAUUAUAUCACAGAGAAUGUCGCAGAGCCAUACUCCAAGUUGAUUGAGGAUUCCCGAGGAUCAACAAUUAUGCAAAAGAUAGAAGCCUUAAUAGGAAUGCUCGGUGAUCUAAUAGAUCAUCGUAAAUUGGAGUCAAGUAAUUGGUCCACCAAACUUACUCCAUCAAAAGAGAGAAAGAUACAGAAAGAAGCUGCUAAAGCCCAUGGUCUAAAAGUUCUAAUCUCUUCUGAUGUCUUAUUUGAAGUUCAUGAUGAGAUGACUCACGUUGUGAAUAUUGAAAUCCGUGAGUGCACGUGCCUGGAGUGGAAACAAAGUGGGCUGCCUUGCUGCCAUGCGGUUGCUGUGUUCAACUACAUUGGUAGAUGUGUGUACGAUUACUGCUCGAGUUACUUCACGGUUGAAAGUUACUGUUCUACAUAUUCCACAUGUGUAAACCCGAUACCUGGGAUCGGAACACCAGUUGAAGAAGAUGUCGAGUCAGAUACUGCGGAUGUGUUACCCCCUUGCCCUCCAGAAUCACCUAUAGAGGAAAAACCAGAGGAGACCAAAACUGCAGACCCAGAAAAGAGGACAGUAACUUGCAGCAGGUGCAAGGAACCAGGACAUAAUAAAGCUUCAUGCAAGGCCACCUUAUAGGUCCUUGCUUGUUUGCAUCUUGUACAGCUCUUAUAGUUACAUGUUAGUGAGUUGCGAUGUAUUGCCCAUCCCUGUAAUUCGUCGCGCUCUGUAUUCCUACAGUAACAUAUUGAUUUAUUUCCAUUUGGAAAGCCAUAGUUUGUGGGUUUUGAACUCAAAAGCAAGGUGUAAGAUAGGCGGAAGUAAUAUACUUGAGCUUCAUAUGGGCAAGCUGUUCUCGCAGCUUCUCUAUUGCUAAAUGAUUUUCAAUUUAGGCUAUGAA